CUGUGUACGAAUCGGCGAACUACGCCGUUAGCCAUAUCUAUAAGUUCACCGAGAAGGAACUCCGGGCUAUUGAGACAAUGAGCCCGGUUGACGUUAUGGACUCUUCAAUGAGCAUGACCCUAACGGGUGUCGUCGCCCUUCACCGGAGCAUCAUCAGGGCCAGAACUCAGCUUGAUGACAUGAGGACCGAGCACCAGGCCACCCUUCAGGAGGUUAAGGCGACUAAGGAUGCCCUGACGACCUCGAAGGUCGAGUUGGAGAAGACCCAGGUCAAUCUGGAGAAGACCCGCCUGAAGGUCCAGGAGCUCGAGACCUCCCUUGCCACCUCGCAGGCAGACCUAGAGGCGGCGAAGACUGAGGUCCAGGCCGCCCAGGCCACCCUAGAAGCCGAACGGGCCACAUCGGAGCAGUCCCUGCAGGACCUGUUCUAUCACUGCUGGGCUUUCAACUCAGAGGCUGACUUCUCCUUCAUGUCACCAAGCCUUUGGGCGAACUUGGUGGUGAAGUUUCAAGCUCACCUUGAUAAGGAGGCGCCGCCUUCGGAAACUGGGGAGGCCUCUGGCGCGGCGGAGCAAGGUGAAACGGCGACCUCCAAAGGGCCGACUGACGGGGCCUCGGGCGCUUUUUCUUUUUGCUUUUGAGUAUUUUUAAGUUCCGUUCUUUUUUUUUUUGUAUGUAACCUUUGCAUGAGAUGUUUUCACCUCAAGACAAUUUUCUUUACACCUUUAACUUAUAUUUUUUCAUGCUUUUGGCUACGAUAUAUAUAUCUUUUUGAUAAACUUAGUUCGUGUUAACCGCUAUUUUUAU